GCCGCGUUCAGUCGGCUCCUGGCAGCGGCAGCGAAGGAGGCGCGUCCCUCCUCUCCUGUGGCCCUUGUUCCUCCCUCACCCUCCCUCCCUGCUCGCUCGCAAACUCGUUUUGGAACCAUGGCCUCAGGGGUGGCUGUCUCAGAUGGGGUGAUUAAGGUCUUCAACGACAUGAAGGUUCGCAAAUCCUCCACGCCAGAGGAAGUGAAGAAGCGCAAGAAGGCUGUGUUGUUCUGCCUGAGUGAAGACAAGAAGAACAUCGUGCUGGAGGAGGGCAAAGAGAUCCUUGUGGGGGAUGUGGGCCAAACUGUGGAUGACCCCUAUGCCACCUUUGUCAAGAUGCUACCUGACAAGGACUGCCGCUACGCCCUCUACGAUGCUACCUAUGAGACCAAGGAGAGCAAGAAGGAGGACCUGGUGUUCAUCUUCUGGGCCCCCGAGUGUGCCCCUCUCAAGAGCAAAAUGAUCUAUGCCAGCUCCAAGGACGCCAUCAAGAAAAAGCUGACAGGUAUCAAGCAUGAAUUACAAGCCAAUUGCUAUGAGGAGGUGAAGGACCGCUGCACCCUGGCUGAGAAGCUGGGGGGCAAUGCCGUGAUCUCCCUGGAGGGGAAGCCCUUGUGAGUGUCCCACCUCCGGCUCCCCUGCUGGGGCUGCCCCCUUCCUGCCAGACCCCAGGGGCUAGGGGAAAUCCUAGCAGGGGCAGGGCAAUCCCUUCACCCACUUGCCAAACCUCCCCUAAGCCCUGACCUCCUUCUCCCUCUGGCCUUCCCAAACCGCCUUGGAUAUUCUCAUUCCUCUUGAGUUGUAGCAGACCAAGCCCUCCCCCUACCCCUCACCCCGGGAUGCCCAGAUUGGGGGAAGGCCAGUAUUUUUCAGUAUUUUUUUUUUAACGACGACCCCUCUUUCCCCCUUGACGUCCCUGGUUCUCCCCCUUUCCCGGUGCUGCCAACUUCUAACCGCGAUGAUAGUGGCUCUGUGCUUGUCCGUUUAGUUUUGUGUAUAAAUGGAAUGUUGUGGAGAUCCCUCCCCCACGACCGGCUCCCCUCCCCCCCCCAGUACUCAUGUGGCCAGUAUACAGGAAAGUUACAGCGCCAGUAAAAGGAAAGUUCAAUUUAAAAACCGAAAAAUAAAUAAAAGGUGAGCUGCUCA